AUGCUGGAUGGCCAGCUCUUCUCCGAGGGGCCCGAUAGCCCCCGGGAGCUCCAGGAUGAGGAGUCUGGCAGCUGCCUCUGGGUACAGAAAUCCAAGCUGCUGGUGAUCGAGGUGAAGACUAUUUCCUGUCAUUAUAGUCGCCGCGCCCCUCCUCGACAGCUCAUGGACUUCCAGGCCAGCCACUGGGUCCGCGGGCCCCAGAGCCGCACGUGUGGGCCGCGCCCGGGAUCCCCUGAGCCGCUGCCCCCCCGGCCCUGGGCCUCCAGGGUGCUGCAGGAGGCGACCAACUGGCGGGCGGGGCCCCCGGCCGAGGCCCGAGCCCGGGAGCAAGAGAAAAGGAAAGCGGCAUCGCAGGAGCGGGAGGCCAAGGAGACCGAGCGAAAAAGGCGCAAGGCUGGUGGGGCCCGAAGGAGUCCCCCUGGUCGGCCCCGCCCGGAGCCUCGGAAUGCACUUCGGGUGGCCCACUCUGCAGGGCUCCCAGCUUCCUCAAGGCCGGAGCGCCUGGGGUCGGUGGGGCGACCGCCCCGUCCAUCCGCGCAGCCGCAGAGCAAUCCUGGGGCGGCGUGGGCGGGGCCCUGGGGCGGUCGGCGGCCAGGGCCCCCCAGCUACGAGGCUCACCUGCUGCUGAGAGGCGCUGCCGGGAUGGCCCCGCGACGCCGCUGGGACCGGCCGCCACCCUACGUGGCUCCACCUUCUUACGAGGGCCCCCACAGGACCCUGGGGACUAAGCGAGGCCCAGAGCCCUCGCAGGCGCGCGCCUCUUCAACCUCUGCGCCGACUAGGACAGAGGGAGGGUGCGCAAAGAAGAGGCUAGAUCCUCGGAUCUACCGGGACGUCCUAGGGGCCUGGGGUCUCCGUCAGGGGCGGGGUCUCUUGGGGGGAUCCCCAGGCUGUGGAACAGACAGGCCAAGGCUGGAGUCCAGGAAGGGGGCCGCGGAGAAAAGCCUGAGGCUGGCUGCUGCUGGCCUGAAGAGUGGUAGCGACGGCCAUCCCCAAGCUAAAGCCGCUGGGAGCCCAGGCACAGUUCCUGCGGGGUCUGCCACUGCCACCCCUAGCCCCCCGCGUCCCACUCCCAGGUCCAGACCCCAUCCCAAGGGCUCCGGGGAAGGAAGGGAAGGUAGAGACCAGACCUGGCUCCCCAAACGCUGGGUUCCCUCGAUUAAAAAGCAGCCGCCCCGACACAGCCAGACCCUCCCCAGACCCUGGGCUCCAGGCGGCACGGGAUGGAGAGAAUCCCUGGGUCAUAGAGGGGAGACGGGACCCGAGACCUUGGAGGGUUGGAAGGCGACCCGACGCCCCCACACCCUGCCCCGAAGUUCCCGUGGCCCCGCUCGUGGGGAAGGCGUCUUUGUCAUUGACGCCACUUGCGUGGUGAUACGCUCCCAGUACGUCCCGACCCCUCGAACCCAGCAUGUGCAGCUUUUGCCCGCCGGGGUGCCGCGCCUUGUGGGGAAUGCCCCCAGCCAACCGAAACCCAAUCAAGAGGAGGGAGAGGGGCCCGCCGUCCUUCCCUCCUCUUGCCGAAAGCUGCUGUUGAGCAGUCGCCCUUCUCUCCAACCCAGUGAGGGACGGGGGCUCGAAGCUGAGGGCGGGAAGCCCGCGGACUCCUCACUGGAGGAGCGCGCCUCCCGCAUCUUGGGGCUCCCGGUUGGCGAAGUAAACCUACAGGAUCCCCCCACGCAGCCAGGUAGCCCAGAGCACUCAGCCUUAGGCCCAGCGGCUUCGAGGGGAGCGCGCGGUGCCGAGGGAUCGGAGAAAGUGGCGUCCGGCCCGCGGCGCGCAGGCCGGGGCUGGGCGCGAGCCCCUGGACCCUAUGCCGGGGCCCUGCGGGAAGCCGUGUCCCGCAUCCGCCGCCACACCGCCCCGGACUCCGACUCAGACGAAGCUGCGGAGCUCAGCGUCCAUAGCAGCUCUUCUGAUGCGAGCGACACGGAAGCCUCGGGCGCCUCCUGGCGGGAAGAGCGGACCGGGCCCCCUGAAGGCGGGAAGACAGCCGAGCUGAGCGGCAAUGCCCAAGAGAUUGUAGGUGCCAUCAGCAAAACCGAGGAGGUCCUCUUCGGGGCGAGGGACAUUAAGGGGACUCCACAGGGAAAUAGGGAGCAACAGUGA